GAAGGGUUGACAAUGAGYGUCCCAGCAGCUCCCAAGAAAUCGUGUUUCAAUCAGUUGCGGGACAACAGAAAUGGUGCGAAAAACAAUAAUGAGAGCAUCCUAAGUCUGGGAGAUACAAAUGCCAAUCAAAUCAUGUUGGAGGUCAGCUCCUCUCAGGGUGAGUCAGAGACACAGGACCUGGUGGAUGAAAUUGGAAAUGCAAAUUCAGGUGGGCUAGAACACCACACCCACUUCCUUAAGGAACCUCACCAAUAUCAGGGCUUUGGGAAAGGACCUCAGGCUGCCUCCACCAGUUUGAAAGAUUUUAAACUUUCUGCGACCAUCCAGAGGGAGCUACCUGAAGAGCAUACGAUGGAGAGAAGCACAGAUUUCCUGCAGAACCCUCGGAGUGUGCAGGGACCAAGCCUGUCAAGUUGGAGGACUGUAAUGGGUGAGGCUAGUCUAGAGGUUCUGGCUAAAAGSGAUGUUGAAAUUCCCAGGCACGUUCCCAAGGAUAAGUUGGCAAAGACCCUGGACAAUGAGGAAUUGAAAAGGCAUUCUUUGGAAAGAGCUAGCAGCUCUGCAGCUGCGUUUGGGAGCUUGACUCUGCAGCAUCAGCAGCCUGCACAACUGGAUGCCCUUGAGCCCCGGGGUCAUGUGCCUGGAGGUGGAGAAGGGCCACAGAGGACAUGGACUGACCACUCUCCAGGGGCAGCUUUCCUUCCAGCUGAUAAUACCUCAGAGGGAAAGAGUGUGCGUCCUCCUAAACCAUCUACCUCAGAAGCCAAGGAGACCAGUCCCUCAGAGACCCCGACAGAGGGUGCACACAGACUGAAUGUUUGCCACGAGCACGCAUCACAUGCUGCCCAUGCAGACCCUGCUCUGAAUUCGACUUUGUCAUUGAAGGAAACCUUGAGUUAUCCAGAAGCACAAUUAGGUCAGGGGAAGGGGGAACCAAAGCUGGAACUGAAAUAUGUUCAAUCCAGGACCGGGCAGGAGCUAAAGUCGACCCAGGCAGGGGGUCUGGGGUGUCGCAAGGAAGAGAGUAUGUCACACCAAGACAGAAAGGAGUCACGUGGGGAAGCACACAAAGAAGCCAUGUUUGCAGUUAGCAACGCUUCAAAUGGCAGCCAGCACCAUCCUGCGGGGGAAGGAGGCAACAGCCAGGAGAAGGCAGGAGUCGGUGCCGGGGUGGAGGGUCUUCUCCAGAUCACCCCCAAACAGGGUCCUGCUUCCUUGGAGGUGGCUGGAAAUCUUCCCACUGGCAAAGUGUCACCGAGUAUAGGUAAGAAGUUGAAGGAAAUGGCAUCCAGCAACUUUUUGCCCAGUGAUGGCCACGUAGCUUUUGUUCCUAAUGACCUGACGGACAGCAAGCCCUUGGAUGUCAGYGAGGAGACAAAGAGGAUGGGCAGUGGGAACAGGGAAAGGACCAUGGUGUUGGCCUCAGAUCCUUCUCCCGGAGAGAGCAAAAYGGAGUCCCCGAACCCUCAAAGCAGCUGCUUAGAAGCAGGGGAAAAAGAGACCAYAGUACCCAUGGUGGAAAGUGGGAAUCUUCCAGAAGAUGCAGCCAAGARUGAAAUCACCCCAUCAAGAGCAGAGUCAAGUCUCAGUACCCCGRCUCCUCUCCACCCAGAGACAACUGUGAACACGACCCACCAGCCCACGCCACCCAGUAGCAGUUUUCAGGACCUUGGUGUGUUCAGUGUGAACGCAGGGUCACCCUCAGCAGUCCCACCCGCCACUGACAGUGUGCGGCUGCUCAACACAUCCCCCAAAGUGCCUGAGAAGAACACCUGCCCCAGUGGGAUCCCUAAGCCUGUUGUUGCGCCUUCCAAGGACACACCUUCCUCAGAGGAAGGAAUGGAGAAGCAUCAGAUUGAAAAAACAGAAGAGAGGACAGACGUGAAGCCCAUCAUCAUGCCCAAGCCCAAGCAUGUGAGGCCCAAGAUCAUCACCUACAUCCGGAGGAAUCCACAAGCCCUGGGCCAGGUGGACACUUCACUGGUCCCCGUGGGGCUUCCCUAUGCCCCACCAGCAUGUAGCAUGCCUCUUCCCCCGGAGGACAAGGUGGCAAGUGGAGACCUGAAGCCAUCAGCUAGCCUCUAUGAGAAAUUCAAGCCAGACUUGCAGAAGCCAAGGGUCUUCAGUUCUGGGUUGAUGGUGUCUGGCAUCAAGCCCCCAGGACAUCACUUCAGUCAAAUAAGUGAAAAGUUUUUGCAGGAGGUGACAGACCAUCCUGGAAAAGAAGAAUUUUGUUCUCCUCCCUACACUCACUACGAAGUCCCUCCGACUUUCUAUCGGUCAGCCAUGCUUCUGAAGCCCCAGUUGGGACUGGGUGCCAUGUCCCGCCUACCCUCUGCAAAGAGCAGGAUUCUGAUAGCGAGUCAGAGGUCUUCAGCAAGUGCCAUCCACCCACCGGGACCCAUAACAACAGCUGCCAGUCUCUACAGUUCUGAUCCUUCAGCAGAUUUAAAGAAAGCUUCCAGUUCAAAUGCUGCAAAAUCCAGUCUACCGAAAUCCGGACUUCGACCUCCUGGAUACUCGCGUCUCCCAGCGGCCAAGCUGGCGGCCUUUGGCUUUGUCCGGAGCUCCAGCGUGUCCUCAGUUUCCAGCACCCAGUCAGCGGACAGCGUGCCGCCCGAGCAGAGCCGGCCAGCCACCCGUUCAACCUUUGGGAAUGAAGAACAGCCAGCUCUGAAGGCAGCUCUGCCUUCUAAGGAGACACCCAAGGGGGCCAGCCGAGUGACCCCUCCAGCAUCCUCCAGUGUGACAACACCCCGCAGGAGUUUACUUCCAGCGCCAAAGUCGACUUCUGCACCUGCUGGAGCAAAGAAAGAAGCACAAAAAGAUCAAGAUGCCAAUAAACCUACUGUUUCAUCUCCUAAGAGAACAGCAGCUUCUACCACCAAGCUUCAUUCACCAGGUUACCCAAAGCAGAGGACGGUGGUUCCUCGAAAUGGGUUUGCACCCAAGCCUGACCUGCAGGCCCGGGAGGCUGAGCGGCAGCUGGUCCAGAGACUGAAGGACCGGUGUGAACGGCAGGCCCGGCAGCUUGGCCUCAUUCAGGGGGAGCUGAGGAGGGCCAUCUGUGGCUUUGAUGCUUUGGCCGUGUCCACUCAACAUUUCUUUGGAAAGAAUGAAAGUGCCCUUGUGAAAGAAAAAGAGCUGUCAAUCGAACUUGCAAACAUCAGGGAUGAAGUUGCCUUCAACACAGCCAAAUGUGAGAAGCUGCAGAAGGAGAAGGAGGACCUGGAGCGGCGGUUCGAGGAGGAGCUGAGGAGGCUGGGCUGGCAGCAGCAGGCCGAGCUCCAGGAGCUGCAGGAGCGGCUGCAGGGGCAAUUCGAGAUGGAGAUGGCGCACCUGCAGGAGGAGCACCACAGCCAGCUGCUGCGCAUCCGGUGCCAGCACCAGGAGCAGGUGGAAGAUAUCACCGCCAGCCAUGAGGCUGCUCUUCUGGAGAUGGAAAAUAACCACACGGUUGCCAUCGCGAUUCUGCAGGAUGACCAUGACCACAAAGUCCAAGAAUUGAUAUCUACCCAUGAACUUGAGAAAAAGGAAUUAGAAGAAAAUUUUGAAAAGCUGCGGCUGUCAUUACAGGACCAGGUGGACACACUGACCUUCCAGAGCCAGUCUCUGCGGGACCGAGCCCAUCGCUUCGAGGAGGCUUUGAGGAAAAACACCGAAGAGCAGCUGGAGAUUGCACUGGCCCCUUAUCAGCACUUGGAGGAAGACAUGAAGAGCCUGAGGCAGGUGUUAGAGAUGAAGAAUCAGCAGAUACACCAGCAGGAAAAGAAGAUUAUUGAGCUGGAAAAGCUGGCAGAAAAGAACAUUAUUCUGGAAGAAAAGAUCCAAGUCCUCCAACAACAGAAUGAAGACCUUAAAGCAAGGAUUGACCAGAACACAGUUGUCACCAGACAGCUGUCAGAGGAAAAUGCUAAUCUCCAGGAAUACGUGGAGAAAGAGACCCAGGAGAAGAAGAGAUUGAGCCGAACCAACGAAGAGCUGCUUUGGAAGCUUCAAACUGGGGACCCAACCAGCCCGAUUAAACUCUCCCCCACAUCCCCGGUUUACAGAGGCUCCUCAUCCGGGCCCUCCUCCCCAGCCAGGGUCAGCACCACGCCCAGAUGACGUCACCACGCAGCCUGCGGGAGCUCAGGCUUCUGUCCACCCGGGGGAGUGCUGACCAUGUGCUGGCCAAGUGCCGGCGGCCGCCAUGCGCGCAUGCUCAGUAGCUGCAUAAUGCAUCCUAGGCAGCAUUCUCUUCUGACCCCUGUGUAAGACUGUCGUGGUGUUGGCGCUUAGGAAGGUGUAAACGGUAGAGUCYGGUGUGCAAAAACGUUUUACCAUAGUUAGAGCCAAAAGACAACUCCAAUUGUUCUUGAGUGAUGAACUUUCAC